GGGAAACGACCUCUGUGGUCAUGAGCAUGAGCGGAGACUCGGGAAUGACCUCUGUAGUCGUGGGCAUAACGACCUCUGUGGUCGUGAACAUGGGCAGAGACUCAGGAAUGACCUCUGUGGUCGUGGGCAUGGGCGGAGACUCGGGAACGACCUCCGUGGUCGUGUACACGGGAAGAGACUUGGGAACAGAAACUUUUCUUCUCCUUCUCCUCCGGAUGGCCGAAGUUGACAACGCUGGCUCUGGGACGCACGAGGCUGGCAAUGCUGGCUCUGGGACGGACGAGGCUGGCAAUGCUGGCUCUGGGACGGACGAGGCUGGCAAUGCAGGCUCUGGGACGGACGAGGCUGGCAAUGCAGGCUCUGGGACGGACGAGGCUGGCAAUGCAGGCUCUGGGACGGACGAGACUUCUAGCUCGUUGGCUGUGGCAGGCGUGGGUGUAGGCUCGUUGGCCGUGGUAGGCGUGGGCGUUGGCCGUGGCAGGCGUGGGCGUUGGCUCGUUGGCCGUGGCAGGCGUGGGCAUUGGCUCGUUGGCCGUGGUAGGCAUUGGCGCUGGCACGUUGGCCGUGGCAGGCGUGGGCGCAGACAAUUUUUGAGGUAGGGUCUUCAUGGACCUAUGCACCGACAUCAGUGGCAGAUCAUACAACUUGGAGACAGGAGCCGUGGAAGGCUUCGAGAAGGGAGCCGAAGACGAAGGUUUUGGCCCGGGGUUCCCGCCAUAAUCCACUUUAUAAUGGGAACCGCAAAGUUCCAGAGCCUUCUCCACAUAUUCGCCGAGCGUCCAGUGAGGAUCAGCCGAAGGCAUCAGUUCCCUCAGUGCACCGGAAGAAAACCACCAGAGAGCGGUCUGGAUAGUGCACUUCAUUUGCCAGCUCUAAAAACUCACGGACAUGAUCCUCAACUGGACGGUCCCCUUGUUGAAGGAGUAGAAUUCUGACAGCCGCUAGAUCCAUUCCUUGGUUAGAAUUUCUGUGAGGAGGCAGGCGAGGAAUGAAGAUCUAAAUGCAGCUUUUAAUGGUAAACAAAAAGAUAAACAAAGUACUCAGAAUAAAAC